UCAUGCUGCUGCCAGGUCCAGAGUCUCUCAUGGGUCCCUGUACGGCCUCCCAUUGCUGCUGUCUCCAUCGCCACACUCUGCCAUGUGCCACUUUCAGGUCUCCUCACACUGCUGGUGUGUUCCAUUUUUUGUCAUAGGGUGCUGGCAGAUUACGGGCCUCCCAUAGCUGCUGCCAGGCCCCUAAUCUGCCAUGGGCCCCUAUACCGCCUCCUCAUGCUGCUGCCAAGUCCAGAGUCUCUCAUGGGUCCCUGUACGGCCUCCCAUUGCUGCUUGUCUCCAUCGCCACACUCUGCCAUGUGCCACUUUCAGGUCUCCUCACACUGCUGGUGGGUUCCAUUUUUUGUC